AUGAGAGCAAAGCCCUGUGAUUCCAAUCACAGCCAGGCUGGCACGGGACACACUCAGCCUGACACUUAAGUCACAGGCUCCAGCCAGGUCACCACGAAUGCCAGCCUCAUGACUCGCGAGAGGCCGACUAUAACUGGGGGACACUUUGACCUCACAAAGCCAGCGUGGAGAAUUUCCCGUUUCCUAUUGGCCAACCGGUGCACGCUUCAUACGCAACAAUAAGUCAAGAGAUCUGAUUUCUGAAGAAGGACCACCAGCUACAAGAGAUGGCAGGUAGGACCAGGGAACUUCUGGCCAAACCAACCCUGAGCUGCGGUCACAUCAUCUGGACGCUGUCAGCGAUGCUGGCGAUCCAGAUCGCCAGCGGAUGCCCCACGGCGUGCACGUGCUAUCCAAAGAUUAAAGUGGUGGAGUGCCGAGGCCGUGGUCUGCGAGAUAUCCCACGCCAGCUGCAACUUAACACGCUGGAACUAUAUCUGGAGCACAAUCGCAUCCGCAUUCUGGGCUCCACGGCCUUCAGGGAGACACCGCUGCUCCGCGUGCUCAACCUGGCCAACAACUCCAUCACCACCAUCUCCACUAAUACCUUCCAGGGUCUCCGAGGCCUGCUGGUUCUCAACCUGGCCAACAACUCCAUCCAGGAUAUCGACCGGCAUCUUUUCAGGCCUAUCAGGAGCCUCUCUGAUCUCAAUCUGUCCCACAACAGCAUUAGCAGGCUCCCGGCCACCCUGCCUGACAGCAUGCACAACCUCACUAGGCUCUCUCUGCGUCACAACCGGCUGCAGAAGCUGCACUGGAUGCUGCUGGAGUCCCUGACCAAAUUGCAGAUACUUUCCCUUCACGGCAAUCCUUGGAAGUGCGACUGCCAGCUCAUCAGCCUGAAGCUUUGGCUGGAGACCUUUCUCUUCAAAGGAGGAAUAAUGGAUGAAAUCAGGUGCGCACAGCCUGGAGACCUGAGGGAAGAGGACCUCCGGAACAUUCCGUAUAAGCUGUUUGGCUCCUGCCUGAACAUUAGCCAAAGACACCCGCUCGCUCACCUUCACCACCAGGCCACAGAGCACGAGUCACCAUAUUCCAGCGGCAACAGGGGCGGCGACUCUGGGUGUGGGGCCAAGCAGCGGGCACGCCCCCCCAACCUGCGGCAUGCCAUCGCCACUGUGGCCAUCACAGGUGUGGUGUGCGGACUGGUGUGCCUCAUGAUGCUGGGCGCUGCCGUCUACGGAUGCACCUACGCGGCCGUUACGGCCCGCUACCAGCGGGAUCUGAGGCAGGCCGAGAGGGUGGCCCCGUCUAGCAGGCAGAGCAGUGGGGAAGGCAAGGAGCUCCGACGGGACUCUACUCUAUCUGCAGCACAUGCACAUGCAUGCUCUGCAUCUAUGUAGUAGUGAUGGACAAAACGAUGUUUUGUGAACUAUUCGUUGUAUUUUUUAUUUGAUUUUGGACAGGCUUUUUGCCAUUUUUUUGAAGAGUUCACCAUCUAGUGGCGUCAUAAAAUACAGCAAAUGGUUCACAAAGCAUCAAUUUGUCCACCACUUCUGUGUAGAGGCAAAACCUUUCCUGCAACUAAGUAUUUGUCUCUGAGAUUGUAUAGAUAAAAUGAACAGUUGUUCUGUUGCUACAGCAGUUUGUGCUUUUGCCAUGUGGUCUUGAUUAAUACAUUAAGAUAUAUGACUGAUUGUUAGAUAUGGGUAAACAUAUGGCGGGUGUGUGUGUGUAUGUGUACAUAUAUGUAUAUAAACCACGAUCUGAUCCAUACAGCUGUACAUACAGCAUGUCCAGAUUCCAGCAUUUCACAGACAUGUUCCACUGCCGCAAAUGACCAUAAUACGCGUAAAUCAGAAUUCUUUCAUGUUUCACAAAUUACAGUGUGUACAUCUGUUUAGUAGGAUAUUCAGCUGGAAACAGACAGGCAACCAAAACCAGAGAGAUACUUAUUUUACUGAUUGUGCAGCAAAAGAAGUUGCCUCCACCUUGUCUGGUCAGAAACAAAAAGCUCCUAAAUCUGUAAUUAUGGGUCUCCCUGCGGCAGGAUGAUUUUUCCUAAGAAGCUUCACAGUCCAAUCAUAUCAUCCAUCAAGUGAACAAUAUGCUGUAAUCUGCUACAUAAUUGCACAUCAAGGCAAACUCACUUUAUAGCAUUAUUUAUUAAUUCAGAAAGUCAUGCUGGUUCAACACACAUAAAGCAUUUUGUUUAACUCGGCAAAUAAUAUCGGUAACAAAAUAACUAAAGUGAUGGGAAUAACAGGGGGAAAAGGCUCCUAUUCUGCUCCUAUUCAACCUUUUUCUAGUCUCAGGCUACCUGAAGCCAUCACUCGUGUUAGCUAGCGUGAACGUUCCCACAGGGACCGGGAGCGUGUCCUGUGUUCUGAAAGGAGAACGCAAACCUGUGCAGAUGUGUUACACUCAUCGGUGCCAGAUAGAUGAAGGCCCAGCCCAACCUGCGGCCUGGGAGGCUGGGACACAGUGAGCUCUAGGCUGACCAGCGGCAGAAACGACAGUAUGACAGGGGCUCACACGCCACUGAGCGCGCUCACAGAGAGCUGUUCCAUCCCCACACCACCCUGGGAGUGAUAAUCCAUAACAAAUAAACCUGUCAGGUCCAGCUCCUUUGUCUUGCACACUGUGUUCUUCCACCUUAUUGAGAAUCCCUGUCUGUAUGUCACAGUGGGGACUCCUGGGAACAUCAUCUCUGACAAUAAAGGCAAUUUGCCUGCUUUUCUGCA